GGAGGGUUUUUAAUUUAAAAAACUACAGAUAGCAUCAUACAUGUCUCACCAGUGAACUUUCAUUAUUGCUCAAGUGGGUUGAUAUGAGCUCAGUUGGAUACCCACUAUGACACGGACCACACUUAGACCCAGAGCAACCACCACUGUACUUAACAAGGCACUGAGCAGCACUGGACAUUUUCUCCUGGCAGAACGUUGCAUGUGGUUAUGAGAUGGGCAUACCACCUUGUUGUGCUUUGAGGCAUCCAGAAUCAAGGGCUUUGGAAUGAGGAGAUCCAUCUAUUUCAUAUAUUACAUAACAAUGUCAAAGCGAUUUUAUUUCUUUAAAAAAGUGGUGCAGGGUGGGUUGGGAAAUGAUACAUUUUUUACAUUAUGGGAACUUGUAGAGUCCUGGACUUCUCAAAAUAAUUGGAUGGCAAUCUUCUUUAUAAUUUUCCUGGGAAUUAUUUUUGAGAUCAUACUCCUAAAGAUUUGUACGUCCUUUCAGAAGAAGCCUGCACUUCCUUCAGAAAAGGAUAAGUCAGAUGUCCACAAGAAAGAAGACAAUGGAAGUUGCCUGAAAAGCAUGAAAUUUGAUAAUUGGUCAGCUCUUUCAUCCUCAGAAGCAAGAGUUGAUGACUUUUCAGAGAGAACAAUUGCUUCAUCAAUUACAUCUGAAGGAAAUGAAGAGUACUUUGAAGACAGCAUUCCACCACCAGAUGAACCACCACGGACAAGUACCAGUGAAAGUAGAUUUCGAGUAAGUCACUUUAGUGAAAGUCAUAUGACAUCUUCAAAUGGGACUAGCUCAUCAUCUUUGUCACUAUUUCAUUCAGAAGUACAGGAAAUUUUGCUAAGGUGUAGCGGGUGUCCUAAAAAUGAACAUGAAACAAUACAGUUUUCAUCAAAGAAAUUAUUUUCCAUAAUGAAAAGUAACAAAAAUAAAAAUAGGACGUUUUCUUCUGACUUUAACUUUUCAAGAACUUCGAGAAUCAUUAUAGAAAGUGAAGAUAUAGAUGUGGCGCCAUGCCCUCCUGCCCAUCUGUUUCUUUCUAGAGACCAAGUCAGACUUCUGGAAGAAAAUGUGAGAAAUCAAAGCCCUUCAAAAUCCAAAGCCACAUUAGAGAAUAACAUUACCUCUCUGUACUCAAUCUCUCUAGAGCCCUUGGUUCAGAAUCAAGAUUCUGCUACAGUGGACAUUUCUCCCCAAGCACAAGCUUCUUUUUCCAGACAAAAGGCUCCUCAGAGUCAAGGAUUUUCCAAAGCCCAAUUUACUGGUGAAACCCACCAAUUUUUUAACAAUCAGGCAUCAGUCAACAGGCAGCCUGAGAGUGAGGCCGGAUACUUUGCUCUGCCUCAAGAUUUGGUGAGGGAACCACUUUCCAGCAGCACCCAAGACUCCUUCCAGACCCUAGACAUGGAUAGGAGCCAACAUCUGGUCCAAGUUCCACAGUCUGUUGAGACUCGAGAUUCAGUCAAAGGCCUAGGGUCUGACACAAGACACUCAGACGAGGCCCAGGAUUCUGUCUCGUCUGAAGGUUCAAACAAGAUUGAAUAUUCCAUCCCAGGGCAAGACACGAUUUUAAAGGAUGCCAGACAUCUAGUUUUACCUCCGAGCCCAAGUUCAGUUGCUAAAGUGAUGCCACAACUAGAGCAUGUUAAGACUGAGGGCCAGAAGCAACUUGCUUCCUCAACAUUAAACCAGCCUCCUGCAUAUGGCUCACUGCCUCUCAUGACCAGGCAGAAAAACAGAAGAGAAAGGUCACGCAGAAAAAGUGAACUUAGCCUUAAAGAUCUGCCUCAGAAGUCAAAGACAACACCGGCUUCACAGGUAUUUCAGACCACAGCGUGUCACACUGCAGAGUGCAGGCACUUAAGAUAUGAGCAUAAAACUAAGAAGAAAGAGUUACAUCAAAGAAAAGGUGUAUCAGGUAUAGCGUUGCAUUUUACGUAUGCUUUCAAGCUUGUCCCUCCUUAUAUUAGGAAGUAUUCCAGGAAAAGACAAGUGAAAUUCACUCCAGGUUUAACAGAAUGUAGAGAUUUUCUGCCGAAACCAGAUCAGUCACUGUGUGCAGAGAAAGUUAAUUACGUAGGGUCUGUUGAGGAAAAAGGAACCACGGGGAGUACUGAAAAUGAAGAGCAGCAUGGCAGAAACAAUAAAGAGCUGGAAAACAUUUCACAAGAAAUUCCAUCUCAGCUAGAACAGUCUUUCAUGGUCAAUACUUAUCCACACAAAGUACCUUGUCCUCCAUUAAUAGAAACAAACUGGAUGAAUAAAGAGUCUCUUGAAGAUCCAAAGGAAAUGGAUAUGACAGAGUCGUGUGCCCCAAAUAGCGAAACAACAUCUGACCUGCCUGUUGCCAGGCAAGAGACACCUUUAGAAGAAGCCAUAUCAGAACCUUUGCAGAAAUGUGUUUCCUCUCCCCAGAUGAAGUUGGACAGAAACAUGAAAACAUGGGAGGACCUACGAGGUACAGAGAAUUCAAAUCCUGCCCUUUCAAGCAGAGAGGAGUUACCAACAAGUGUAUCAGAAAUGCAAAGGUGCGUCUCACAGGGGAACACAGACAGGAAAGAUCUUGAAAUUGUUCUGGAGUCUUCCGACGUCAACUUGUUUGUUUCCCUAGGAGCCAAAAAGCAUAAAAGCAGUGGACAACCAGCAGGUGUAGAAAUUCAGGAGAGGCCAGAAGAUGUGACUGAGAAGGAAAAGAAAGCAUUAAGAGUUCACAUGACGGAGGAAGAUGAUGUAAGUGGAAGUGAGGAACUCGAAUGCAGCGCUAGCAGCAGCAUUAACAAUAUGCAAGAUGAAAGAGUAUCUGCUGUGUUUCACGAAGCCACUCAUACUGCCCUUUCUUUACCACCUCGUCUGAAAAUGCAGAGUGGAUUAAAAACCAAGAUGGAUACCUCAGAAAUAGAGUUUAGUUUUUCAGCAGUAAAGCCAGACGAAUUACCAGAUGACAGGGAAAUGUAUUUUUCCUUUGAGAACUGUCUAGUUAAAAAACCACAAGAAGACGACAGAGAGGAAGAACAACAGGCUCCACAAGAAGCAGCUUCGCAGCUAACGCCAGGUUUCAGGUUCAGCCUACGACUACAGCAGAAGCCCACGUAUGUCAAACUGGAACUAGGACAGAGUAGUUCAAAAGGUCGAACCACUCAAAAUAGAGAGCUCAACAUACACCCACAAACUGUCUCUACAGAGACAACUGUGGGGACGAGCCAAUGCCCCACGAUGGAUCCAUUUCAAGGUGAGGUGAAGCAAAGCGCAGACAGACCUACAGGCAGGGAAGCUGCAGACCCAGUGCAUCCUCUCACCAUGUUGGAGAGCUUGCCAGUUUUAACUGAAUCAGCAGGAUGUGGUGUCCCCUUGGGUGGAAGCCCUGAGAAGUCCCUGGAUGCUCAGAUUGCAGAAGAAGAGCAGGACUUAGAAGGGGUUUUACCUGAAGUUGCCCUGGGGUCUUUCCAUAGGCAUAUGCCUCCUUUAUCAAAUUUGAAAAGGAAGAAAAUCAGAAAAAAAAUAACGGGAACCAAAAAUGUACUCGGUUUAAAAUGUGUGAUUAUGAAAGUAAAGAAGCCACCAAAAUGUCACAGAAGAAGAUUAAGAAGCAAUUUCAAAGUCAUGAUUAAACACAUACUGCAAGACAAAACCACGGCAGAUACGCUUCUGAAUGUUAUUGACCCUCGUCUGUCUAUUUUGCCCCAUGUUAGAAUGCACAGCAGAUUAAAUGUGGGGAAUCACAGUCAUACCGAGCUAAAACAAGAGACAUCAGAAGCUGAAAGAGAGGACGACUAUUCAGCUAUCAUUAAUAAAGGAAGCAACUCUGGAAACUCACUGGAAGCAGCUCGGUUGCAGGGGGACGUAAGCGGGGACCAGGAAGCUUCACCAGAAGCAGUCCUUGAGGAUCGCUGGAACCACAGUUUGGAUGAAGAUCCAGAGAAAGAGCUUAAAUCCAUGAAAGAAAUGCAACAACUAAUGACAUUUGCAGAAAUCAUGGCAGAGUCUAUUCUCAUGGCCACAACAGGUUCCGUUCACGUUGAGAACAUGGAGAAAAGCCUGACAGCACCCGCAGAUUUAAGAUGCACUGCAGAUGAUUCUGAGAUGUCUCCUUCCACAUCAGAAAAAUCACUGAUUGGAGACCCUUUAAACCACACAAGAGAAAGUGAUGUCCCAGAUGAUGGAAGUGAUACCAGGGAAACAAGUUACUGUUUUGCAGCAAUGAAGGCGGAACGACCCGAAGAUUUACCAGCAGUUUUCCCAAAGACUUUUAAUUGCCACAUGCCUGUCUUAUCUCACUCUAAAGUGAAGAAAACUAGAGUAAGAUCUUCACGCAUAGAAUGUAGAGUGAACUCCAAAUCCGUACCUAUGAAGACAUUGAAGCCAUCCAUUUCACAAAUGUGUAAUAUCACAGGUCAUCAAAGAAAGAAACUGAAAUCUGAGUUUAAGGCCAAGUUUGAAAAGGUCGGCCAAGUUAAUGGACUGGAAUAUGAAUAUCUAAACACCCUUUACUCUCCUGUGCAUAGCAGGUUACAAGGAGAGACAAAGAGCUUCUGCCAUGUUCAGGCAAAUCUCCGGGGUCUAGCCAUUGAAGAGAGACCACUGUAUGUUGAUUUUUUUGAUGAGAGUAAUGCACUCUGUGAUAGAGAAGAAAAAGUACAAGAUACAGAGGAAAAGAAACAAAAGACUUUGCAAAUAACGGCUCCACAACAUACCCAGUACCUCUGGAUCAAUGGAUAUCGAGGAAAGGAGACUCACCUUGCCGAACCAGAUGCAGGCCUGCACCGUUUAACACAGGAGCAAGAUACACAGCACCAAACAUGCUUUAAACAAGCUGCUCUGCAGACUGAUGUUCAGAUGGGUCCUCGAGAGGCUGAGGAACUCCCGAAGACCAACAAACCAGAAGAUGACCUAACAGCCCCUGCGGGUCUGGAGGUUCUACCUCCCGAGGCAGGGAACUCAUCACCUGUGAAACUUUUGAACAUUCCAACAGAGUGUGGCGUAGCCUCUGGUGGAAACCUUACAAGGGAACUAGGUUCUUAUUCUGUGGAUAAAAAUUCAGAGGUACCAGAAAGUUUGCAAGUGACGUUCUUGCAGUCUUCUGAUUCUGCUGACACCUUCAUUUCUAAAUCUCAAAGAAAGAAAAACACACUAAAAUUAGCAAGAAAGCAAAUAACAGUUAGUCGUAGAUACAGAGCUAUGAGAGAACAAAUCCCAUCCAUUCUGCGUAUGCUCCCUGGCAGGCAGGGAGAGGCAUUGCAAUGCAAUUUUAAAAUGAAGAAUUUACAGCGAAAUAAAAACACAGGAGAUGUGUGUUCACCUGGCAUUCUCUCCAGGGUGCCUGUUUUGCCAAACACCAAAAUGAGCAUCGGAUUAAAUGUGGAGACAGACACACAAAGGAUAACAAGACUUGAUCAUACACAAAUGCAAGAGAAAUCACCCAAUGAAAGAAAAGUAUGGUGCCCAGCUUCUAUCAAUAUGAGUAGUUUAUCUAACAGUGUGAAAGACAAGAAGGAGGGGACAGGGGAACAAGAUUUACCAAUUCCAGAGAGUGGCCAAGGCUUCAUAUUCAGUACAUAUCAGGAGCAGGAUCAUGACGUUAUCAAAUCAGAUGAAGGGCUGAAACGAACAGGAAGUAUAGAUAUCCAGGUACAACCACAAACACAUUUUGCAGAGAGUAUUUUGAGCUCUGCUUCAUGCCCAACACUGGAUCCAUUUCAACUGAAAAAGCUAGAGAGCGAUGCUAGGUUUUUUCCUCCAAUGUCAGGAGAAGCAAAGUUUGAUGAAAAAAUAUUUUCUGCAAGAGAAGGUGGUGUCCCAUCUGAGGCAAAUGAUCAAAAGGAACAAGCUGGUGGUACUGAAAAGGAAGAGAAAAUGACUUUAGCUUUCUGCAUGGCUGCUUUAUCUCUAUCUAAAGGCAAGAGAACCUUCAAACAAUAUUCAGACAUGAAAAUCUUGAUGAAUCCCAAACAUGGAAUUUUAAAAGCAAAGAAACCACCCAUUUCACACAUGCUCAAUAUCAAGGGUGGUGCUAGACGAAAUCAUAGGAAAGAAUUGGGAUAUAACUUGACCACCAAAAUGGGACAAGUGGGUCAGGGUACAAAAAUUGCAGACAGCAGGGACUCCCUCCUGAACAUCAUCCCUGCCAUUAAUAGGUAUAGUGACCGAGAAGGGGAAAAAGACAUGUUAGGAGAAAAAAGACUCAGUUCUGAACAAGUAAAGCAAAAUAUACCCCCACACAAAGGGAAUGUGACUCCAGAUGACCCCAAAGAAGGUGAUCUUCAAGAUGAAGAAAGUGAACAGAAGAUCUCAUUAAAAGUAAUUCCACAGUACAGCCAACAUUUCAUACUCUGUUCAGACCAGACAAAGGAGCUUGAGCUUCACAAACCAGGAAACAAAGGAUGUGGGAAAACUCUAUUUGUUACCAAACAGGACAUCCCCCAGCACACACAGCCUGCAGAUCCAGUGCAGGCAACACAGCCAAAGAGAAGCCAGCAGACACAGAACGGCACAGUGUGGUCAUCGAGUUCAGACUUUCCUCUUCUAAAGUCGACCGAAUCACUAACCAGUCAAGUUGUAAUUGAUACAAUGAAGUGUGGCAUCCCAAGUGAUGAGAGCCACAUGGGAGAACUGGAUGAUCAUGGUAAAGAGGAAAAGUCAGAGUUUAAAAAAGAUCUACGAGCACCUGACCCCGAGUCUUCAGCUACCGCCACACCUGAUCCCCCUGAACCUAAACAGGGGAGAAAGACAUUCACAUGUAGAGCCUUAAAAAGUAAAAUGAGUCCCAAGUGUGUUGUUAUGAAGGCAAGAAAGGCAACAAUAUCGCAGAUACUUAACAUCCCUGGGAAUGGCUGUCUGAAAACCGUCCCUUCCAAAACCCUGCGAUCACAGAUUGUUGAGUUUUUGAUUGAGAUAAAAUACUCCGGGGUGCUCGGAGAUGUGACUGCAGAGAGAAAGGAAGGAGGAUCCCGAGAAUUGCUGGCAACAAUGCUGGAGUUCUGGGAUGCAGCCACACUUGCUUUACCUGUUUCGAAAAGAGAGAGAAACCACUCAGAACUUAGAAACAAGAGAAAUAAAAUGAGUCCCAAAUGUAUCACUUUGAAGGCAAAGAAGGCACCGAUUUCCAAGACAUUUACUGUCACAAAACGUGGUGGGCCAAGCCAUGGUAGGCAACUUGAAGGCAAAUUCACAACCGUGAGGAAACAAGGUCAGUCAUUGGCAGCCACCAGGCUGAAUGCCAUUUCCUCUUCCGUGUCGGUUUCACUGGACAGAAAGGUGCAUAACAGAAAGAAAGCAGAGAUGGACAUGCCGGGGAAGACGAGGCUCCAUCCCGAGCUACAACAGCAAGGACACUGGCCAGAUGGCGGGAAAGCCUGGUGUCCCUAUCCUAGGGCCAAGAGAGAAAACGUCAGGAAGGAACUCCAAGGCCACGGUGGAGAAGCAGCGCCUCAGAAUUUCCAGCACCUCACUUUCCAUGCUCAUCAUGUGAAGGAGCCUCACUUUGUGAAAUCAGAUCUCAAACAGAAGUAUUCAGCAAGGGGGAAAAUCCCAGAAUCACUAACCAUAGCAGAGGAGCUGCAACAACACACGUUUUUCACACAAAGUGUCUUGCGUUCUGUGUCUUCCUCUAUUUUGAAUUCACUUCCAUCUGAGAAGGCACCAAAAAGGACAAAAACACAGAGGUCAAGGAUUUUUUCUCCAGUGACAGAGAAAUUACUUGGUGAAUCUUUAGCUGUUAAAGUACCAAGUGACGUCCUGUCUGAAACAGACCCAACAAAGGAACCUGCUAGUUCUAGUCCAGAGGGAAGGAAAGAAUUACAAGUGGAUUUACAAGGGAGAGCCCUACAGUCUUUCUGUAUCUCCAGGCCAGAUUCAUCUGAAAUUAAAGGGUUGAGAAAUGUAGCAUUGAUCCCUACGUCUCAAACUGCGGAAGCCCAGAUGACAUCAGUUUUGAAGACAACUAAUAACACUAGUCCCACUGCCCCCAGCCAUGAAAAGGAACUGGUCUACACCUUUGAUAACAUGGCCAAAGAGUUAUCUCAGAGUAUGUCAAAUAUAUUUAUAAAUACUUCUUUUUCACCUACACCUGUUUCACCUGCCACCAAAACACAUAAAAAACUGGAAGCCAAGAAAGACUCAGACAGGAAAAGACUGUGUAAAAGAUGGAGUGCCUUGGGCACCACAUCUGAGUCAAGAUGGCAAAAUGAAAGAGAGGGCAAGGAAUUUGUAUUCAAAACAGGUCUACAAUUUCUGAGUAGGACAGAAAGUAGAAAAGAUGAAAAUAUACUUACUACAGAGCAAGACAUGCAGCAACAAACACUAGUUUCAGAAAGUAUAUUGGAGUCUACCUGUUCUCCUCUGAUAAUUCCAUUUCAAACUGAAAAGGUGAAGAAGAAAAUCCCACCAUAUACAAACAUACUGCAUAGAAAGAGUGAAAAGAUUUCAUGUGUAAAAAGAGGGACAGCAAUGUUCGAUGGUCUUUUAACUGAUGAGGCAGGGUGUAGGACUCCAUCUGCUGGGAACCCCACAAGGAGGCUGGAUGCUUCCAGUUCAGCUUCCCUACAAGCUGAAGAAGAGAAAGACAUAAAAACUCAAAAAGUAACAAAAUACACAGCUGAUCAAAAUAUCCCACUUCCUAAGUCAGGGAUCUCAGCACUUGGAGAUUCAUGUAAUGAAAGCUCUAGAAGGAAAGUGGGUGGUUCUAUUGUCAAGAAACAUGAAGAGCUGCAAAAAGAUUUACUAACAAUAUCCACAACAUCUGUUUUGUCUGAAUCUAGAAGGCAGAAAAAAGAACUAAAAUUUCCAGAAAGGAAAGAUCUUAUGGGUCCCAGAUGUAUAAUGAAGGCAAAGAGGCCUCUUUUUUCACAGGUGCUUAAUAUCACUAAGCAUGGUCAUCAGUACUGUAAAAAGAAACAGGAAUGUUAUUUAAAGUCUGUGAUAAAAGACAGGCAACAACAUGAAAGUAUAGCUGAUACAUUUUCAUCUCUCACACCUGUUUCAACAGGUAAUAAGAUAGAUAUUGAAAUUGAUAGCACACCCACAACAGGGACAGAUCAACCAAGAGUACAAACACACAGCCACACCUGCCCAGAGCUAGAGAAAUCACUGAGUGUUGGGGAAGCGUGGGAGGCCAAUCUGAUUGAUACACAAAGCAGAUCCAGCAACACAGGGAGGGUGAGUGUGCCACAUGAGAAGGAAGAGGAAAAUGUCCCAGAAAUAUCAGCAGAAUCAGUUCCACACGAGAGCCAACACCUCUGUUUCACUUCUAAUCAUGUGAAAAAUCUUGGCCCCUGCAAAUCAAAACCUAAACUGGAUAGUUCGGAAGGCAGAAGUACUUGGAAUCUGUCUUGUGCAGCACAAAACAUGAGGCAAGAAGAACACAUUAGAAAAAUAAUUUUAAAGCCUGUGUCUAAAAGCGUGAUGACUUUAAUUCAGGCCCAAACACUGAAGAAGGUUCUUCAUACUCAAGAGGAAAUCCAACACAUGGCAGAUCUGAAGACCCCAUUUCCAGAAGCUAGGAAAUCAGAGGCUGGUUCCUUACACUGUGAUGGUGUCUGGGAUGGAAAUCAUAGGAGGAAACGAGAUAGUCUUAUUUUUAAGAAAAAGGCAAGGAGUCAGAGUUACUUAGUAGGAACAGUCUUAAAGCCCUUAGAUUUCUCCAGCCUUGAUUCAUCUGAACCCGAGAGCCAGAGUCAUGCAGUAGAGGCUGUAGGCAAGAAAAGUACAAUGAGUCCCAAGCAGGUAACUCUGGAGGCAGGGAAGCUACCAGUUUUACAGGGGCUUGAUAGCACGAGGUGUCUUACUGGAAGCCACAGAGAGAAAAACCACAAACUUAAGGCCAAGGCAAGAGAGAAGCAACAGAAUGAAGGUGCGAGAGAGACAUUCCAUGCCAGCGAGGGAGCUAAGAGUCCACCACCCACAUUAGUGACUGACAAACUGCCAUUCGAUACAGCAGCGAGGGAUAGUCUGGAUAACCACGGAGCACUUCACAAAAAUCUAGAUGAUUUUGUUACAGAGAAAAAGGCAGAGCUGGAUAAAAACUUAGCCACAGUUCUCCUGGGGCCUUUCAAUUUACUCAUGCCUGUUUUAUCUGACUCUGAAAGCCAGACAAACACAGUGCAAGAGAAAAUCACACUGAAACGCAAGUGUUCUGUGAUGAAAAAAAAGGAGCCACUCAUUUCACAGCUAUUUAAAAUCAGUAGGCAAUGUGCCACAAAACAGAGGACGAAACUUAGAUCCAACAUAGAAACCAAAAUGAAAGAGAUGCAUUCAGGUAAAAAUGCAACUGCUAUGUACACAAAUGCCACUUGCUUCGAAGUGGAUGCCUCUGACAUUAGAAGGCAAAGCAGAUUCCAAACAGAGGCAGAGAGAAUAUCAGGGUUCAGUCCCGUGCAGACAACACACAUGCAGUUGCCAGUCGAAGACAGAGUGGUUUUACAGCCACUCAGUGCCGCAGGUCCUGCUGCUUUAAGCAUGAACAAAGAACAGGAGGUAGGCGCACACACAGACAAAGCUGUGUUAAACACAGACCUAAAACCUACAGAUGCUUCUCCAUCUAUUCCACCACAUACAAAAACGGAGCAGUCACCUAGCACCUCGGGUAACUGUGAAGACUCUUCUGAAAAGAGAAAUGCCUUAAAGAAAGCAAAAGUCAUGGAGGAAAAGGAGUGUGAACAACAGGUCUUGUUUGGAACACCUUCACAAUAUACCCAGUCAUUUGAGUUUCUACAAAAGAAACAGCAAGAACCAUGUGUCUCAGGAAACACCCAGAACUCUGAUUAUGCUCACAUACCUCCAUACCCCCAAAUCCUAAACCAUCACGCUAAUGCAAAAGCAGCAGGUGCAGAAAACACUGUGCAUACUGAGCAGGUAAAAUCGAAGGCAAAGAAACCAUUUGUUUCCCUGAUGUAUAACACAGCGGGGUAUGGGACCGGAAGCGACGAAAAGGAGACAAGGUGUAACACCAAGAAGCAGAAGCCGGGGUUCCAGCAAGGUAAAACUGAGGUAGAAUUCUCUCUGAAAACUAUUUGUGACUCUGGGUCUAUUCCACCUCAAAUUCAAGAGCUGAUGGAAGCGGAAAGGGAGAAAGGCAAGCCACCGAGGCUGGAGAAAUCGCUGAACACAAGACAAAUAGCAUUUUCACAGUCCCUUGCUAAAAGUGCCAAAUCCAGAAAUAAGAAAACCCUGAGACAAGGUAUCAGAGAGCAAGAAGAAAAUUGCCAAAUCACUUCCCCAGACAUCUUCCCACAGUGUAGAUAUCGAUUCAUGAUGAGACAGCAACUGAAGAAGGGCCCCACCCAUGUCAAAUACACAGUAAAUUUGAAAAGAGAAGUACAUCCCGAUCAGCCUUCACCAAAGAGAGGAAGCUGCUCCACUAUGUUUGACAUCUCAAGAGUUAGAUUACACAUGAAACACCAACGCCUCAUCGCCCUGGGAGUAAAGGAGGGAGACAGAGACGAGGCCCAACCUCCAGUGUCAGCUCCACAGAGGACGGAAGUAGCUGAGAAAACAGGUGUUUCUUUAAGUUCAAAAAGACAGAAUAUGUGUCUUCCAGAGUCAGAUGCUUCUCAAGAGAAGACCUUCAAGGAACAGGAUCUGCUGAAAGAAGGAAGUAAUUCAAGGACACUGGUGGAGCCUGCUUUGUACUCCAUUACGGAAACCCCUCAUUUGGAAAAUACCAUUCCAAAUCAACUGGGAAGAGAUGGCUUAAGAGAAACUGAUACCUUGCAAGGUUCAAAAGGACAGACAUUUCUUUGUGCAAAUGCAGAAGCCCGGCAAUAUACACCUGCAGUGGAGAUCGGAGACGUGAAACCAGACCCCAUUCUGGAACAUCUCCUGGAUUCAGCAUCUUGCCCCAGUGGGGAACUUAUUCAUGUGAGAGAGGCAGGAAAUGCAACAGGGAAAGAAAGUGUUAGCAUCCCUGUUGUUUCAGACGUCAAUCUAUGGGAAACCGAGAUGCCAAAGUUAACGAACCUUCUAUUAACAUCAAAUGAAUGGAAAAUAAACUGUUCCGAGAAAGGAAGGACAGAGCAGCAAAACAGUUCUAACCAGAGGAAGGGAAAUCUUCUGGAAUUCAUUUCCUCUUGCCUAUUGCAUCAACUCCAUAUUGAAAGGCGAAAGAAAGAAGUCUCAGCCAAAGGAAUGAGUUCAGCAGUUUUGAGUCCAGUGGUCCAGAAAGCAUCAAACGCAGUAGAUAUUCCAGUGGAUCAACCUCCGUGCUCAGGAAGAAAAGAACAUCAACAGGAAAGUACAUGCAAGGCUCUCCCAACAUCUCUUUCUCAUUCUAUGAUGGAUAUAUUUCAGAUUAAAUUGCCAGGGGUAAUGAAAGCAGCAAGGGAAGUAGAUAGUCCAAGACACCACAAUUCAAAUACAGAAGGAAUUGGCUUGCCUGUUGCAGAAUCAGAAGAGCAACCAGAAUGUGUACAACGUAUUUGGCCAAAUCUUGCUUCUGAUCCUUCAAAAGAUAUAUUAUUUCAAAGUAAGAUGCCGUCUGAAAAGACAGCAGUGGAAGAAGUAGUUAGCACUGUGGAGUAUACUCCAAGUACAGAAGGACUUGGUUCACAUAUUACAGGAAAAGGAGACCAGCAAGAGAAAGGGAUGUCUGAGACCCUUCAAAAGUCCACAUCUCACUCCCAAACAGGUCUCCACCAAACUAAUAUCUCAGUGCAAGAGGUAAAGUUUGAUGACACAAGUAAGAUGCAUUCCGAAUAUUCAACUCCACAGACUAAGGAAGCAUUAAAAGGAAUGGAUGUUAUUGUUGGAUAUACACAAAAAAGUGAAAAAGGACAAAACUUACCCAGCGUGGAACAAAAGCAACAGCACCUACUGAUUCCCUCUGAGAAUUUUCCCUCCCUGAGAAUUCCCUCUGAGCUUACAUCUUACCCUCAAAACAGUCCCUGGCUCCUGCCACAUUUAACGCCUCAGAUGAAGGAAGCAUUAUCAGAAGUAGGUAAUGUGUCGAGCAGGACAAAAGGAUUAGACUUGAUUUCUAAAGAACAACUAAAUACUCAACAUGAGUGUGGCCUGGAAUGGACUGUACCCUCAGCUCCUCCAACGCAAAUGACAAGACAAAAUACAAGGCCACCUUUAGAAUCAUCCAGUGAAACUACAAAAUAUCAGAAUGUCUCGUUGCUGAAAGGAAAGAAAUUAUCGGAUGGGGAGCAGGUAAUUGAUUCAAUAACAAAUGUUAGCUCCCCCAAGCUAAGUGUUAGAAAGAAGGUGCACUUACGUAAAGCAUGUCAAAAAAAAGUACAAAAAGAGCUGUGUCUUCCUGGAUUUUUUUCACAUUCUCUUUCUAUCCAUAUGCCUCCUUUGCCUGAAAAUAAAAGACAGAAGAAUGACCUAAAACAAGGAGUUGAGAAAGACAUAGUACACACCCAAAGGACUUUGAAAAAAUUGAUAUUUUCAAACAUAUUUAAUACCACUGACUAUGGUGGCCCAAGCAACAGACCAGAACUGCAGAGGAAGAUAAAAGAGGAAGUGGUAAAUUGGAAACAUAGAAAGGUUAAGCCUGAUUUGGUUGUGACAGAUGUAUAUGAGUCCAUCCCUUCUCUCAAACUAAAUAUAAAGACAGCUGAUGAGAUUAUCUCAAAUAAUGUAAAACGAAUUAAACCACUUAUAUCACAGAGAAAGGAGAAGAUUAGAAUAAAAGGAGUCAAUGUGAAAGGAACAAUGGAUCCCAACAUUACCUUGAAGGCAAAGAAACCAUCACGAUCACACAUGCUCAGUGAAAAGGAAUUGUCAGGGCAGUUGAACAUUAUAAAAGAAGAGAGUGAGGGGCAGACAGGCAAAGGUACAUCAGGUGUGAAACUGACAAACCUGUUUGCUUCUGUACCAUCUCUGUCAACUCUUGAUUUGAUUUCAAGAACAAAAGGAGGAGGAGAUAUGUCAAGAAUACCACAGAACUGCCUUCCACCACUAAAGCUCCAGGCAACAUCAAAUAUCAGGAAAGCAUCAUUUGCAGAGUCAAUUAAUAGAGAGAGUUUAAGCAACAUAAUAGGAUCAAAACAUUUCCCACAGAAAAAGAGGGAAGAUGAAGACGAUACUGUGUAUGUGAAAGAUAAAAGGGGCUGCAAAAGGGCCACUUUUAAAAGAAAGAAAAAACUUUUUAAACACACACUGCAUGGAAAUGAACUGCAGUGGAACAAUAAAGAGCAAGAGAAAAUGAUGCAGGAAGAUGAAAGUGAUGGAAAUGUAGUUCUGAAUAAGCCCCAUGCCUCCAUUCCAUCUUCUUCUCACCUGGAGCAGGGUCCUAGAGUAAAAGAAGCGGCAUCACAAACAGUAUCAUGGUUCUGCCCUCCAUCACUGACGCUCCAGGAACUGUCAGAUGCACUGAUAACAUAUAAGGAGCCAGCUGAUGAUAAUUUAAGCAAUAUAGCAAGAUCAAAAUAUAUGUCACAGAAAAACAAAAACAAAGUGGACCUGGCUUUGAAAGAGAUAAGGCAUCCCCAAAGAAUGCCUCUGGAGGUGAACCAGUCUCCAGUUGCCCAGGAAUUGCAGUUGAACAUCAAAGAAAAAGAGGAAAAGAUAAAGCAAGAUAAAGGUAAACAGGUUGGGAUUCAGAGACAGUCUUGUGUUUCCAUCUCUUCUCCACCUUACUCUGAAGUGGACAUGAGAAGGGAAGGAAAAGCAGUCAUGCUAAGAAAAACAAAAUCCUGUUUUCUACAACCCAAACUCCAGGAGUCAUCAGAUAUGGGAAACAUAGCAUAUAAAAAGUCUGUUUCUGAUGAUAUCUCAAACAGUGUAAAAAAGGCUGAAGAACAUGCAAUACAGGAAGAAGAGGAAGGAGUUAACAUGGAAAAAGUCCUCCUUUUGACGAAAAAGAAUUCACCACUUUCACAGGAAGUCCAGUUGGAGGUGGAAGAGCAAAAGAAAAAGAUACAAAGAAUUCAAGGUGAACCAAGUGUGAUUUUGAUCUGUACUUCCAGACCUGCCACUUCUUUUAACUCGAAUACAAAAAUGAUAGAAGCAGAUGACAGAGCUAAAGUAACAAGAUACUCUUGUUCAGGACUACACCACCAGAUAUCAUCAGAUGUAGUGAAAAAAGCAAAUCGAGAGUCAACUGAAAGAGAUAUCAUAAGCGAUGUACAAGCAGCAAAUGAAUUUAUGCCCCAGAAAGGAGAGGAUCAAGGAGAAACAGCCAAUAUGAAUUGUAUGAAGUACUCCAAAGAGACAAGUUCCAAAGCAGAGGAGUUCCCACUUCCACACGUUCCCAGUAACCCUGGGAGCCACAGCCCCCAGACUAGAGAUGAACCAGCAAACAGAAGGGAAAACCUGGGACAUGCACAGGAAAGAAAGUGUGAACGAAAUGCAGUUCUGACAGGACUUUGUCUGCCUCCGUUUACACUAAACAAAGGCGAGGAGGAGAAGCAAGGAGCUCUCGCAUCCUGUCUUCCACCGUUGUGGCGCAGGAAGUCAUCAGAUGCACGGGAGUUAAAAAAUACAGUGUCACCUCUGAGCGAGAUCUCAGGCGGUUCAAAAAGAACAAAAUACGUGACGCAGGGAGAAAAGGAUAAAGCAGAUAUUUUUGUGAGAGACCCAGUGCAUCCCAAGUCCUUAGCUUUGAAGGUAAGGAAAUCCCCGCUUUUCCAUAUGCUCGAGGCAAAGAAACUGCAGGUGAACAUUAAGGAGCAAGUGAAAAGGGAGCAGAAAGGGAGAAGGGACACAGUUGUGAUUCUGAGCAAAAUCUGCCCUUUUGUCACUUCUUCAACGCAUCUUAAAUCUGACACAAUAAAAGAAGACAGAGGUGGUCCGGGAGUCCUAAGGCAUUCUGUGCCACAUCUCAAGAUCCAAGCCUCAUGGCCUUCAGUACAGAGAGCGCCUCCAAAGUCAACUGAUAGAAAGAAAGAAAAACAAUAUCCGCCACCAAAAGAAAGGGACAGAGCACACACAACAGUUGUGAGAGGCUCCGUGCAUGCCAGUGGCUCAGAUUUCAAGGCAAAGACAUCAUGCCCUCCUCAUGUGUUUGGUAUUGCUGAGCACGCUGCUCUGAGUAGGAGAAAGGAAGCACAGCCGAGCAUGGAGGAGAGCGCAGAACAGGGGCAGGGGGGAAUUGGAGACCCUGGUGUGACUCCAACAAAACCCCCCCCUGCCUUGCCUUCUCCAUCAGACCACAGACUGGAUGCAGGAAUCAAAGAAGACAAACACCUGCCUGCAGUCACGGGAUUCUCGCCACCAUUUCAGCUCCUUGAGUCAUCAGGUGCAGGGAAAAUCAGAUAUGCAGAUUUCAGUCAAGGUAUUAGCUCGUGUAAUAUAACAGUAAGAGCUAACGGACGUGUGUCAUAUAAAGAGACAGAGAUCAGAGUAAAAAGAAAAGACGAGAAAGAUAGAACACAUCCCCAAAUCACAGCUGUGGAAGCCCACACAUCCCCACUUACACAUUUACUCAGUAGAAACAGACUGCCUUUGAAUGUCGAAGAGCAAGGGAAGGAAGUGCAGGAUGGCAGUGGAAUGGUUCUGAGGGAAACUCGUGCCUCCUUACCUUCUCCAUCUUACCUAAGACAGGACGCUAGCAGGAAUGAAAAGAAAGAUACAGAAAGAAUAACGCAAUCCUGUUUUCCACCGCUGAAGAUUUAUGAUCCACUCAAUCUAAACACAAAAGCAGAUGCUAAGUCAUUUGAUGGUCAUUUGUUAAAAAACAAAGCUAGACUCAAAACAGAUAAUGAAGACAGAGUGCUUCCAAUAUCUGUGCAUCAGAGGGCAAGGGAAUUACCACUUUCACAUAGAUGUGAUGGCAAAGAAUCACAGUGCAAAAUUAAAAAGCAAAAGAAAAUGGUACAGAGAGAGGACAGUGAACUAGUUACAAGAUUGAAAAACAUCUGUACUUCUUUACUGACUCUACCAUAUCUUAAAUCUGAUAAACCAGAAGGAGAGAGGUACAUGAUAAGAAUCACAAAAUUGCCUCCCCCACAAGCAGAGUCCAAGGAAUCGUCACAAUAUGCUGACACCAAUGAGGGGGAACUUUCAAAAGAUGUAAAAAUAUUAAAAGAACACAGGCUGCAGAAAGAAGAGAGGGAGAGAAAGGAAAAUGUGGAUAUGAAUAGUAGAGUGGGCCCCCAUAACAUGGAUUUGAAAGCAAAGGAAUCACCUUUUGUACUUACAGACGAUCUAACUGACCAGUCUAUAAGAGAAGAGGGCAUGUCAAUGCUACCAGGAUCCUCUUUUCCCCCAGUAAACUUCCAGAAAUCAUCAAGUUCUGAGGAAGUGGCACACGUAGAGUCAAUGGCGAGAGAUACUGUUAUCAGUCCCUCCAGAGAGAAAUGUUUGCCCCAGAACAAGAAAGAGGACGGAGUAGCAAGAAGAAACUCUGUAUCUCCCAAACAUCAAGGAAAGGAGAUGCCGGAAAGUAAAGAUGGACCAGGUAUGGUUCUGACCAAAUCUUCCACUUCAUCCCCAUCUCUCUCUGCCCUCAAACUGGAUAAAGAAGUACAAGUUGAUGAUGAAACGCUAGCACGUACAAGGUCUAUGUUGUGGAGAAUAGCAUAUGGGGGGGAAUUAUAUACAGACACAACUAGUGGUGAUACCACGGAAGGUGCUCAAAACCUGACCAAAUCUUCUGCUUCAUCACCACUUCUUCCUGCCCUCAAGUUGGAUAAAGAAGUACAAGUUGAUGAUGAAACGCUAGCACAUACAAGGUCUAUGUUGUGGAGAAUAGCAUAUGGGGGGGAAUUAUAUACAGACACAACUAGUGGUGAUACCACGGAAGAUGCUCAAAACCUAACCAAAUCUUCUACUUCAUCACCACUUCUUCCUGCCCUCAAGUUGGAUAAAGAAGUACAAGUCAAUGAUAAAAUGCUAGCAUGCAGAAAAUCUGCUCUGGGGAGAAUGUCGUAUGCAGGAGUAGUAGUACAUACAAAGACACUUAGUGGUAAUACCACAGAAGAUAUUCAAAACCUGACCAAAUCUUCUACUUUAUCCCCAUCUCUUCCUGCCCUCAAAUUGGAUAAAGAAGUACAAGUUAAUGAUGAAAUGCUAGCACAUAGAAGGUCUGUCUUGGGGAGAAUUUCAAAUGCAGGGAAAAUAGUACAUACAGAGACAAUUAGUGGUAAUACCAUGAAAGAUGUUCAAAACCUGACCAAAACUUCUACCUCAUCACCACCUCUCCUCACCCUCAAAUUGGAUAAAGAAGUGCAAGUUGAUGAUGAAAUGCUAGCACAUACAAGGUCUGUCUUGAGGAGAAUUUCAUAUGCAAGGGAAAUAGUACACAGAGAUUCAAUUAGUAGUGACAUCACAAAAGACGGUCAAAACGUCACCAAAUUUUCUGCUUCAUCACCAUAUCGCUCUGCCCCCAAAUUGGAUAAACAAGUUCAAGUCAAUGAUGAAAUGCUAGCACUUAGAAGGUCUGUUUUGGGGAGAAUGACAUAUGCAGGGGAAACAGUACACAGAGAUUCAAUUAGUGGUGAUACAAUGAAAGAUGGUCAAAACCUGACCAAAAUUUCUACUUCAUCACCAUUUCUCCCCACCCUCAAAUUGGAUAAAGAAGUACAAGUUGAUGAUGAAAUGCUAGCACAGAGAAGGUCUGUCUUGGGAAGACUAUCAUAUGCAGGGGAAUCAGGAUGCACAGAUUCAAUUAGUGGUGAUACCACAAAAAAUGAUCAAAACUUGACCAAAUUUUCUGCUUCAUCACCGUCUCUUCCCGCCCACAAAUUGGAUAAAGAAGUUCAAGUUGAUGACAAAAUGCUAGCAUGUAGAAGGUCUGUCUUGGGAAGACUACCAUAUGCAGGGGAAAUAGCACGUACAGAUUCAAUUAGUGGUGAUACCACAAAAAAUGAUCAAAACUUGACCAAAUUUUCUGCUUUGUCACCGUCUUUUUCUGCCCACAAGUUGGAUAAAGAAGUUCAAGUCAAUGAUGAAAUGCUAGCACGUAGGAGGUCUGUCUUGGGAAGACUAUCAUAUGCAGGGGAAAUAGCACAUACAGAUUCAAUUAGUGAUGAUAUCACGAAAGAUGGUCAAAACCUGACCAAAUUUUCUACUUCAUCACCAUCUCUUUCUGCCUUCAAAUUAGAUAAAGAAGUUCAAGUCAAUGAUGAAAUGCUAGCACAUAGAAGGUCUGUUUUGGGAAGAAUGCCGUAUGUAGGAGAAAUAGCACAUACAGAGACAAUGAGUGGUAAUACCAUGAAAGAUGUUCAAAACCUGGCCAAAUUUUCUACUUCAUCCCCAUCUCUUCCUGCCCUCAAAUUGGAUAAAGAAGUACAAGUUGACAAUGAAAUGCUAGCAUGCAGAAGGUCUGCCUUGGGGAGAAUUUCAUAUGCAGGGGAAGUAGUACAUACGGGUUCAAUUCAUGGUGAUACCACAAAAGAUGGUCAAAACCUGACCAGAUUUUCUGCUUCAUCACCGUAUCUCUCUGCCCUCAAGCUGGAUAAAGAAGUACAAGUCAAUGAUGAAGUGCUGACACUUAGACGGCCUGUUUUGGGGAGAAUAGCAUAUGCAGAGGAAACAGCACAUGCAUAUUCAAUUAGUGAUGAUAUCACAAAAGAUGGUCAAUACCUGACCAAAUUUUCUAUUUCAUCACCAUCUAUCCCUGCCCUCAAGUUGGAUAAAGAAGUACAAGUUGAUGAUGAAAUGCUAGCACAUAGAAGGUCUGUUUUGGGGAGAAUAUCAAAGGCAGAGCAAAUGAUACAUACGUAUUCAAUUAGUGGUGAUUCCAGGAAAGGUGUUCAAAAUGAGGAACAACCUAUUCCUGAGAAAGAAGAGAGGGACAGAGAAAAAUCAGUAGAUAGGAGAGGUGUGACACACACCAAAUAUAUAAUUUUGAAGUCCAAGAAAUCACCUUCUUCAUAUACGCUCCACAGAUCAGAAUUGUAUCUGAACCUCGGAGGGAUGGGGCAAAAGAAACAGGAAAUUCAAGGUAAACCGCCUGGUAAGGUCGUAAGAAAUGUUUACCUUGCCACACCUCCAACUAAGCCGAAAUUGGAUAAAGGUACACAAGUAGAUGAAGGAAAGCUUGGGAUUAAAAAACCCUCUCUACUUCCACGAAUGAUUUCAGCAUUAUCAGAUGCAAAGAAGAGAACAGAUACAAAGGGAAUUAGUGGUGAUGUAAUAAAAAGAAAACAAUGUAUGUCAGAGAAAGAAAAAAAGCUUGAUGUGAAAAACGUAGACAUGAGGCUACGGACCCAUCACAAAAAAUCAGCGAUUUCACCAAUUCCAGAUGUCCUUAGUACAAAGAAAUUUGUACUGAAUGUUAUUAAAGAGCCAGGGGGAAAAGUACACAAAGAUAAAGAUGAACCAAGUACGGUCCUGACAAGGACUUUUCUUUCUAUCCCUUCUGCACCUCUUUAUUUAGAUUUAGGGAGCAAAACAGACAAAGACACACCAGGAAUCACAGUAUCCUCUCAUCCAGAGCAAAAUCUCCAGGAAACAUCAGAUACCCAGAAAACAGCAAUUACAGAAUCAGCUACUGGUGAGAGGGAAAUUGUUAAAAAUGCAGAACGCUCGGUGCCAGAAGAGGCCAUGCAACAGUGGACGUCAAACUUUGUGAUCAGUGUACAGCAAAGGAGGGAACCUCCACAAGUCAAAUCUGAAGGAGAUGUGAGUCAGUUACUUUCAGAUUCGCAGCAGGAGGACUUUUAUGUCACAGGGUAUGGUACUAUAAAAGGUGGGAAAAGGCUAGAAGGUUUCUUUGCAGGGUCAGAGGCUCAGCAAGAAAAAUACAAACCAGAAACUUUGGCUACAAUUCUUUCCUUCCCCAUGAUGGAUCUCACUAAAAUUGAAAGUCUGAAGAAAGAAACAGAAAUAAUGAAUAACUUAAACCAUAAAAUAAGUCCUCACGUUCUAGUUUCACUGCCAAGGAAACUAUCCAAGGAGAUUUAUGCCACACUUGGCUCGCCUGUCAGUUCAGAAGGAUUUUCUGCUUCAAAGCAAGGUGUCCACCACCAAGAAGGAGCUUUAUCACAAGCAUCUCCAGCAUCUACAGAUCUAUGUAAAUGUGAUAAGCCAGAAGAAGAUAGACAAAACAAUGGAAAAACAAGUGAAAUGUCCCCUCCCAAAGUGUCAGCACCACAGAUAAAGGAGCCCCUUGAGGAAAUGAAUAUCACAGAGUCAGAUGCACUCCAAAAUGCAGAUCAAGAAAUCGUCAUGAAAAAGCAAGUGGUGCUGCAGUCUGGGAGUGGACAAAAGACUAGAGUGGAUUCUAGUCUUUCUCUGAAAAUUCCACUUCAACAUGUAAAGCAAAGGACAUCAUUGGAAAUAGAUGUGCGCAAGCAAACUACAGUGUGCCCUGGAAUACCAAUGCUACCAGGAAUACAAAUGGGUAUGACAGAGUUUGAUGCCCAAAGAGGGAAAAAGGAGCAGACAUUGCUUGUUCCCGAUAAAGAGGCACACAAUCUAGAAUCGCUUCAGAAGUCUGUUUCCUCCUGGACUUUUCCACUUCAAUCUGGAGAUGUGGGGAGAAAAAAUGAAACUGACACUGGCUCUACUGGAAAUCUGAAGCAAAAAAAGUUAGAAAUGAAAGAAGGGAUAUUAAAAAUAGAUACAAACAUAGCUGUCCAUCUAGAAGAGGACAAAAUAGAAAUGUACAAACAAACCAUUGUUAAUCUGAAGGAGGAGACCAUAAAAAUGGACACAAGCAAUACAGUAAACCUGAACACUGCAUCUCUAAGGGCAGAGGAACCUCAAAUUGAGACUCAGGUAAUCACUCCUGUGGCAAACAGGUGCCCAAUUGAGCAAAAACAUAAAAAGGAACGAGAAGUGUCCAGUGCAAAACAUAACAUUCAACUACAAAAAAUGCCUCAAAAGCAUGCUCUGGAUUCAUUUUAUGCUUAUAUUCCUCUUUCUCCCAAAUUAGGAGGCCAGAAAGGCAGAUUAACAAUAGCAGACUUGAAAAGAGAAUUGAGCCCCAAAUAUUUAACUAUGAAAAUCCAAAAGCAUCCAAUUCUACAGAUUCUAGGCAACAUGGGACGAGGUACUCCAAGCAAUCGAAAGAAAUUAGAGUAUAACUUUAACAAAUCAAAGAAAAUAGCUUUGAGAAGAGGAGAUGCCUCAGAAAUAUUUAUCAGAAGUCUUUCUAUUUCCACAGUGAGUCCAUCUCAGACUAAAGAACCAGUAAAAUCUCAGACAAACCUAGAAAGUGCAAAGAGAACCCGUAUUUCAGAAUUCCAGAAGAAAUCACCAAAUACUAGUGAAACUAUGAUGGGAGACAGUUCAGGCAUUGUAAAAGAAGGGAACCAGAAUUUUACAAACACAAUUCCACAGGAUUCCCAGCCCUUCAUGGGGGACAAACAACAAAUGCACAAACUUCCUAACAUCAAAUCAGAAGCAAACCUCAGCAGUGAAAUAAAUAAAAAUUUAGCUCCACAAACAAAUGAAAGGGUUGUUCCAGACCAAGAUAACUCAAGGAUCAUAAAAGAAGCUGACGUGCGUAUGACCAAACAAGAAAAGGCACCAAAACCCAUUGAAACACCCACAGAGUGUCUAAUCAUGUCUAAAUAUCCAAAGGAAAAUGUGGAAAGGAUUGUAAAAGAACCUGACUUGCUUAUGGUUGAACAAGAAAAGGCACCAAAACCCAUUAAAACACCUACAGAGUGUCUACUCAUGUCUGAAAAUCCAAAGGAAAAUGUGGAAAGGAUCGUAAAAGAACCUAACAUGCUUACGGUUGAACAAGAAAAGGCACCAAAACUCACUGAAACUGGUACAGGGUGUCUACUCAUGUCUGAAGAUCCAAAGGAUGUGGAAAGGAUCGUAAAAGAACCUGACAUGCUUACGGUUGAACAAGAAAAGGCACCAAAACUCACUGAAACUGGUACAGGGUCUCUAAUCAUGUCUAAGGAGCCAAAGGAAAAUGUGGAAAGGAUUGUAAAUGAACCUGACUUGCUCAAGGUUGGAGAAGAAAAGGCACCAAAACCCAUUAAAACACCUACAGAGUGUCUACUCAUGUCUGAAGAUCCAAAGGAAAAUGUGGAAAAGAUUGUAAAAGAACUUAACAUGCUCAUGAUAGAGCAAGAAAAGGCACCAAAGCUCACUGAAACUCCUACAGAGUGUCUAGUCAUGUCUGAAGAUCCAAAAGAAAAUGUGGAAAGGAUCGUAAAAGAACCUGACUUGCUUACGGUUGAACAAGAAAAGGCACCAAAGCCCAUUGAAACACCCACAGAGUGUCUAGUCAUGUCUGAAGAUCCAAAGGAAAAUGUGGAGAAGAUUGUAAAAGAACCUGACAUGCUUAUGAUCCAGCAAGAAAAGGCACCAGAACCCACUGAAACACCUACAGGGUCUCUAAUCAUGUCUAAGGAACCAAAGGAAAAUGUGGAAAGGAUCAUAAAAGAACCUGACAUGCUCACGGUUGAACAAGAAAAGGCACCAAAAUCCAUUAAAAUACCUGCAGAGUGUCUAGUCAUGUCUGAAGAUUCAAAGGAAAAUGUUGACUCGAUCGUAAAAGAACCUGACUUGCUUAUGGUUGAACAAGAAAAGGCACCAAAACCCACUGAAAUGGGUACAGGGUAUCUAAUCAUGUCUGAGGAUCCAAAGGAAAACGUGGAAAAGAUUGUAAAAGAACCUGACAUGCUUUUGAUUCAGCAAGAAAAGGCACCAAAACCCAUUAAAAAACCUACAGAGUGUCUAGUCAUGUCUCAAGAUACAGAGGAAAAUGUGGAGUGGAUUGUAAAAGAACCUGACUUCCUUAAGGUUGGAGAAGAAAAAGCACCAAAACCCAUUAAAAAACCUACAGAGUUUCUAGUCAUGUCUCAAGAUACAGAGGAAAAUGUGGAAUGGAUCGUAAAAGAACCUGAGUUGCUUAUGGUUGAACAAGAAAAGGCACCAAAAACCACUGAAACACCUACAGAGUGUCUAAUCAUGUCUAAAGAUCCAAAGGAAAAUGUGGGAAAGAUUGUUAAAGAACCUGACAUGCUUAUGAUCCAGCAAGAAAAGGCACCAAAACCCACUGAGACAUCUACAGGGUGUCUAAUCAUGUCUGAAGAUCCAAAGGAAAAUGUGGAAAGGGUUGUAAAAGAACCUGACUUCCUUAAGGUUGGACAAGAAAAGUCACCAAAACUCAUUAAAACACCCACAGAGUGUGUAAUCAUGUCUGAAGAUCCAAAGGAAAAUGUGGGAAAGAUGGUUAAAGAACCUGACAUGCUUAUGAUCCAGCAAGAAAAGGCACCAAAACCCUCUGAAACUCCUGCGGGGUGUCUAAUCAUGUCUAAAGGUCCAAAGGAAAAUGUGGAACAGAUCAUAGAAGAACCUGACUUGAUUAUGAUGGAGCAAGGAAAGGCACCAAAACCCACUGAAACACCUACUGGGUGUCUAAUCAUGUCUACAAAUCCAAAGGAAAAUGUGGAUAUUCACAUGAAAUGUACCCUAAAUAUGAGCAGUUCUCCUCCAAGGGUAGAAGAACCACAAGAUGAGACUCAACUAUUUGAUACCAUGGGCUGUGCCUCGCCACUCGAUCAGAGGGAUCAGAGUGAACCUGUACAGGACCCAGCCAUACAAAAGGUCCAGCGACAAGAAACUUCUCUAGGAACUGUGCCUAUUCAACCCCAAGUUAAAGGUAGUGAAAGAAAUACAGUGGGAUAUAGUCCAAGUGCAGGAAUUAUGAUUCCUCUUUGUGAAGCAAUUAAAAAUGUUCUUGAAUCCCAGAUAAAAAACAUGAUCCAAAACAAGUUUUUUCCUAAAAACCUUGAAAAAGUAAAAGACAAUAAACCUGAUGAUUGGAACUCACAACUUUUCACAAGGGGUCCAAGUACACUAUCCAUGACAAUACAUCCUGAAUUGCAGCCAAAACCUAUUUUAGAAAAUUUUACUUGCAAAGAAAAAAUCAAGCUCACGAAUCACUUAGAGUCAAAAGCACCUGAAAUAAGACUGAAUUUGAUACCAGAGGUGGUAAAACGAUCCUUCCAAAGGUUCAGCUUUUAUCAAAAAUUGGCUAUCUCAAAACAUAACAGUUGGAAGCUCUAUCCAAGACAUAAACAAAUGUUCUUUUUGCCUCUGGAAGGGAUUGAUACUAUAGAAUUUAACCUAAAACACAAAUACGAAAAAGACUCACCUCCUGUCAGUUGUAUGAAGUCACUGAUUGUUAAUGUUUCAAGAGGCAGUGAAGAGGCAGUGAACACUACAAAGUUAGAGAGGAUGAAAGAGCUAGAAAGUGGAGUGCCUUCACUGACUUCUGCUAGAGAGAAAACAUUGCCUCAUAUUCUCCAGAACUGCUCAGUAGGAGAAAAAAACAAACUCCUCAUACACUUUUCUAAGAAAACACUGGAGAUUCAAAUGAAAGCCUUCCCCAGAAUUGUAAGGGAAUCUUACACAAUGGCCAAUGCUCAGGAUGGAAGGAAACCUUUAUCUAAAUGUGUCCAUUCUGUGGUCAAAGUACCAAAACGAAGAAACAGAGUUUUGUUACUUUUUGAGGCGAACUCUCUUCAUCAAAUAGAUCUUGAUUUACAAUACAAAUACUUUCGUCUUCUCCUGGGUUCUCCAGUUACAUGGAUGUUCCCUAAGCCAACUACAUUUCCCAAACAUAGUCUUAAAUUACAGACAGUUGCAAUAUGUAAAAAAGGAGACAACAGUGGGGAAAGUGGCGGUCAUUCCAUUGAUACACAACCAUUAGAACAUAUCCCUUUCAAAAAACAAAGUUUCCAUGAAGAUGCAUCGUUAGUCAGAAAUUUCUUGGCACCUACCCAGGUGUGUGCCCUUGACCCUGAUCAACACAGCACAGUGCAGAAAGAUACCAUGGCUCUUUCUAAGUUAAAACCUCAUGUGACUCCAGAAAAAGAUAAACAAUGUCAUGUAUGGUUUCAAGAAACAAAUACAUAUGAAUCUGUUGAUUUAAAGAUUCAGAAAAAGGCUCAGGAUGUAGGCGGUUCCCAUUCAAUUCAGAAUUUUGAAGAUUUUACUGACAGUCAGACAGAUAUCGAGAAUUCAGAUAACUUUGAGGAAUGCUCAGCUCCUGAUGUACAUGAGAGUGAAGAUUGUAUCUUUUUAGAUGCCACCCCUUAUUUAAGUCAGGAAGCAGAGAGUAUUCUAUUUGAAUUACAGAAAGGCAUACCUGUGGAAAAUCUCUACAAGAAGAAAGUCAAAAUGGGUUUGAAACCACUUUACAGUGAAGAUGUGGGUUCCCAUCAUAUUAGAGGUCACCGACAACAUUCCUCAAUUGUGACACCCCAUUCUUAUGAACCCCAUAAAAGCAGGACACACAGGUCAUCCUCCAGUAUCACACCACCUUCUUAUGAAUCCCACAGAAGCAGGAAAUGUGGAUGGUCCUCCAGAAUGACACCAUCAUCUCAUGAACCCCACAAAAGCAGGAAACCUGGAUGGUCCUCCAAAAUGACACCAUCAUCUCAUGAAUCCCACAAAAGCAGGAAACCUGGAUGGUCCUCCAAAAUGACACCAUCAUCUCAUGAAUCCCACAGAAGCAGGAAACCUGGAUGGUCAUCCAAAAUGACACCAUCAUCUCAUGAAUCCCACAGAAGCAAGAAACGUGGAUGGUCCUCCAAAAUGCAGCCUCCUGACUCGUGGUAUCACAGCUCCUUAAAUACCGUUGAGCUUCCAUCUGUAUCAUCUUCCAUUUCCUUCAAUGGGGAGAUGCUUUCACAGACUACAGUGAGCGGGAAAAAUUAUUCUUUAGUUCCCUUAACAGAAUCCAAUAUUAAAUUACAUCUUGCAAAAAGCCAAGGCAAACCUCACAGGCAUUCAGAAAGCAGAGAAAGAAGGAAGGCCAAAUUGGACUUCUUUAGAAAGAACAACAUGCCUUGGGAAUGUGAUGACAGUUACACAAAGAGUAAACAGAAACACACAGGAAGGAAGAAUGUGAGGGAUUAUGAAUCAGAAAGACUGGAUUAUUUCCCAAGUAAAUACAAAUCAUCAGCAAAACCUCAUCAAGAGGAUAUCAGCUUCCAUUCUGAAAAAAAACAAAACCAGCCAUUUUUUUAUGCCUGUAUACCAGCAGACUCGCUGGAGAUUAUACCCCAAACCAUUCGCUGGACUAUUCCCCCCAAAGCUGUAAGGAAGAGAAACUUCAGAGUUCCCCUGGUGGUCAAGAUUUCAACUUCUUACAGUAUAUGGAACUCAUCCAAAAAGUUGUUGGGAUCGCUGUUAGAGUCCUUCAGCUUACUUCAUUAAAAAUGAUAUUACCAUUUCCAGAUUCAUCUCGAGAGGACAGCUGGUUGCUAAGAUGAUAUUCUUUGCAAAAUAAAAUCGUAUCAGGUCAGAUGGCUUCCUCGUGAAGUGUUUUCUAAACUGACACCCUACAGUAGAUUGUACUACAAAUCUACCGUUCUGGGAGGGCGUGUUGGGACAGCGAAUGACUUUGGGUUUGGGCCAGCCAUGCAAGAGAGCUCUCUUUAGUUUGUGCCUCCUUAUAAUCCCCCAGAGGAGAAGCCCCCAGGUGCCAAAGCCCCCUUCCCACCCCACCCCAGCCCACCCCAAUGACUGCAGGGUGAGUUGGAGGAAGUGUAGCCCAUAAGUGAGAACCUGAAAGGCAGGAGGACGUAGAUACUCAAGGGAGACAGUUCCAGGGAGCAGCGAGGGCUGAACAAUGUCACGUGCCACAAGAUACUUUUCUGAGGACCCAGUUUCCUCUGAUGACUUUGUCGUCAUCCCCAGUGGUGAGCAGAACCCGCAGCAUCUCCAUAACCUGCUCACCACCUGCCGCAGCUGGGGCAACAACAGGCUUGAGGACCUCAGACCCCACCCCCAGGGUCUUAGAGGAGGCCCGGAAAAGCCGAGUCUGCCCAGGGGCUGCUGGGAAAACCCAGAUAUGUGAGGUUGAGGGUGGGUGGUGGCGGGAUUUUUAGCACCAGGUGAAUUUUUUUGAAUGUACUUUGUGCUGGCUUAUUUCUAGUAUGUUAAUAAAACACUGGUCUCACUGGGGGAAAAAAAUCUUUUUUUGCCUCAAAAACUCCAUAAUGUUGAUCAUUUUAUUUUACUCUUAUCACCAUUAUAUUCAUGCUAGGGAUAACAAUGCUCCUCCCUCUAUUAUAAAUGCUACUUGAUCUCUUUAAAACAUUAUUUGCUGUGUGUGGAAUAUUUGGGCAUGCUUGAUGCAAAAUUAUAAAACAUUUCAAUUUUUUUUUUCUUACCAAGGAAAGUAUCUAAUUCUGUACGGCUUACACAGAACUUUUUUAGUAAUAAAAACAGUGAAAUUAUUUCACUUCUUGAUAUUUAACAAUAACAAGACAUUAACUCCCCAAGACACGCACCUACAGCCACAGACAAGAUUCUGUCAUCAGUAUACUGGUCUUGGCAUCUUCUGAGUCUGUCGGGUUUGACAAUCAAAUAUUUUCCUACUUUUGAUUGUAGAGAAUUUUGAACAUAUGCACAAAAAGGACAACAGUAUAAUGGACUUCUGUGUGCCCCUCACUCAGCCCUAAAAUUUUAACCUCUAGGCAUACCUGCCUCCUCCACUUCUCCAUUAGUGUUUUGAAGCAAGUCACAGAUACGUAAUUUUAUCAUGUUACAAAUCUCUACUAGAGAGAUGAUUUUAAAUAACCAUCUC